CUCUCUCUCUUUCCUCUCCUUUUCUUCCUCUGCUUGCAGCUUCAGACAUUUGGGGAAUCCUGAAACAAGUUGUUCCCACAAAGAGGCUUUGCUGACUUAGUUAAAGUAGACUCCGAAUGAACAGAGGAAACAGAAAGAGGCUGUUUCACCAAGAGCCUUGACAUUCCUGCCCUCCCGUGUUCGUUCCUUCAUGUCUUUCGUUGUGGACACUGACUGCGCUGCCUGGACACCGUGAGACAUUUGACUAUGGACAUAGAGAUGCUGUAGAGCCCGACACGCUGCAUGUACCCUCGACUUGCUGCACUGCCGAACACCGCUGCUGGUCUUUGUAAUGGAUGUCAAACUACAAACUGGGGAUUAAGACAAGCUUUAACAGAGGAAGCGUUUGGACCUUAAAAACAAGGCGUAAAGUAAUUUGCAAAAAAGAAGAAGGAGUUUCAUACAAGGGAGUAACGAGCUGUUGCAUGCUUUUAUCUUUCACAUAAGAGCCUGAAGUCUCGCGUCGAGUCGGAUCAGAGACGCACUCACUGCUGGGGAGUGGCAGCAGAAGACUCAGUGUCGUCUCCCACGGGCCCCGCCCCCAUGGACCUGCGUGUAGGUGAGCGUCUGGUGCGUCCAGGUUCGGACACGGCCUUCCUGUCUCCUCUGCACCCCCCUCUGCUGAUCGGCCCCUUCAAUCCACAGCACUGUUCCCAGUACAGCCAGCAGCAGCUGCAGCGCAUACAGCCUUAUAACAUGGAGCAGCAUCUACGAGACCAGGAACUAGCGAAAAAACAGCUACAGCAACUUAAAAACAAGGACAAGAGUCAACAGAGUGCUGUGGCCAGUGCGUUGGUGAAGCAGAAGCUGGCGCAGGUGAUUCUGAAGAAGCAGAAGGCGGUGCUGGAGAGGACCAGCUCCAACCCUCUGAGCAGCCCGUCCGUCGCCUACCGGGAGCUGGUUCCAGAUCCCAGCUCUUCUGUACAGCCGCUCCUGUCCUCCACAAAUCCAUCUCUCAGCGAAGGGCCCGACGAUCCACCCCUGAGACGAGCAACCUCGGAGCCCAACCUGAAGGUGAAGCACAAGUUAAAGAAGCACCUGAACACACGUAAGAGCCCGCUGACCCGCAAAGAGAGCGCGCCGCCCGCCGUCAAGCACCGCGCCCCUGAUACACUGGAUUCGUCCCCCAGCAGCAGCAGCACUCCAGUGUCCGGCUGCAGCUCUCCAAACGACAGUCUGCCCAAUGAGAACGGAGUGCUGCCCGCCGCCAGCCUGUCCCACGAGGCUCAGAGGCUGCUGUUGCAGGACGGCUCUUUAGCUCACUUCACAGUGCAGAAUCCCUCCAGUCUCCCCACCAUCACACUAGGCCUCCCCGCUAACACCAAGGCGGAGAGUGAGCUGGGCUCGCUGAAGCUGGGUCGUGUGCCGGUGUCGGGUGCGUCUCCGGUGCUGGUUCCUCUGGGUGUGGAAGAGCAGAGCGGGCCGCUCUUACAGCCCGUCCUCAUCCUGGAGCCCUCUGGACUCAUACACACCCCUCUACUGGCCGCAAACAAUUAUGGGACAUCAGAAAAAAAUAUACACUACCAUUCAAAAGUUUGGGUUCCAGGUCUGGGUCCGGUUCCCCUGCAGUUCAGCGCGUCUGGUCCUCAUAAGCCGCUGAGCCGGACCCGCUCCGAACCGCUGCCCCAGAGUCCCCGAGCGCUCCAUCCUCACCUGCAGCACAGCACUCAGUACCUGGAGAGACUCAAGCAGCAGACUCACCUGAGCAAGCUCAUGUCAAAGUCUAGCGAGAAGCCUCGUCUCCGGCAGAUCCCGUCAGAGGACAUGGACUCCGAGGAGGUGGGGCCGUCAGCGGGCGACGCCCAUCAGGGCAGGGUGAGGGCGGAGUCUCAGAGAGAGCUGGAGAGUCAAGAGGAGCAGCUCAACCUGCAGCACACCCUCAUUCUCAACCAGUCACGUCUGUGGGAAACGCAAAAGCAGCUCCAGCAGCUGCGCAGACAGACGGCUCACAUGGAGACACUGGCGGUACCCAUGAUGCUCGGCGCCGCACACCGGCCGCUCUCUCGUACGCAGUCGUCUCCAGCCUCCACCUCGCUAACGCUGCCGGACAAAGCCUUGCCUCUCACCACGGCGCCGGAGCCGCCCCAGAGCCAGCCGCGCUUCACCACGGGUCUGGUGUAUGACUCCCAAAUGCUGAAGCACCAGUGUACGUGUGGAGACAACAGCAGCCACCCAGAGCAUGCUGGGAGAAUCCAGAGCAUCUGGUCACGCUUGCAGGAGAGGGGCCUCAGGGGCCAGUGUGAGAGUAUUCGGGGAAGGAAGGCCACCCUAGAGGAGUUACAGUCUGUCCACACCGAGCGUCACGUUCUGCUGUACGGCACCAAUCCACUCAACCGCCUCAAACUGGACAAUCGCAAGCUGGCCGGCAUACUGUCACAGCGGAUGUUCGUCAUGCUGCCCUGUGGGGGAGUCGGGGUGGACAACGACACCAUCUGGAACGAGAUGCACACGUCUACAGCGUCCCGCUUGGCGGCCGGGAGCGUGACGGAGCUGGCCUUCAGAGUGGCUAAAGGAGAGCUCAAGAACGGCUUUGCUGUGGUCAGGCCACCAGGACAUCACGCAGACCCGUCAAACCCCAUGGGUUUUUGUUUCUUCAACUCGGUGGCGAUCGCUGCUAAGCAGCUCCAGCAGAAGCUCAGCGCCAGUAAAAUCCUCAUCGUUGAUUGGGAUGUUCAUCAUGGCAACGGCACCCAGGAAAUCUUCUACAAUGACCCCAGCGUCCUCUACGUCUCUCUCCAUCGCUAUGAUAAUGGAAACUUCUUCCCCGGGAGUGGUGGACCGGCAGAGGUGGGUUCUGGUGCCGGUGAGGGAUUCAAUGUUAAUGUGGCAUGGACCGGUGGUCUGGAUCCUCCCAUGGGCGAUGCUGAGUACCUGGCUGCCUUCAGGACGGUGGUGAUGCCCAUUGCUCAGGAGUUUUCCCCGGACGUCGUGUUGGUUUCUUCAGGGUUUGACGCCGUGGAAGGACACCCUGCUCCAUUAGGAGGAUACAAAGUCACUGCUAAAUGUUUCGGGUUUUUGACUCGGCAGUUGAUGGCGUUAGCAGGAGGACGCGUGGUUCUAGCAUUAGAGGGGGGUCACGACCUCACAGCCAUAUGUGAUGCUUCUGAGGCCUGUGUCAGCGCUCUGCUGGGAAUAGAGGAGCCUCUUCCUGAGUCGACUCUCCUCCAGACGCCGAAUGCCAACGCAGUGCUUUCACUCCAGAGAGUGCUGCAAAUACAGAGUCAGUAUUGGUCGUCACUGAAGCCGCUGGUGGGCACAGAGGGGAUGUCGUUUCUGGGUGCCCAGAGGAAAGACUGUGAGGAAAUGGACACAGUGAAUGCGAUGGCGUCCCUCUCCGUAGGGGUCUUGGCCAACAAAAGCCUUGUUGAUGAACCCAUGGAGCAAGAUGAAGAAUCCCUUUAAACCAGGUCUUUACGCGUCUGAAAACUGUCCAGUACCAAAUGGCGCUCCACACCAUGUGAACGAGCCGUGCCUCAAGACCAGCAGUGCCUCGGGGGCGUGGCUUCCUCAUCACGGCCCCUCCCCCAAGACACCACCUCGACACUGACCACCAGCAAAGCGCGGCUAAGCUAACAACCCGCAGCCACAGUUCUGCCGGGGCUUUGGGAUCCACGGCAUCUUCUCCUUUCAAGUACCACACAAACACACUAGGACGCAUGAGGCCGCUUUGUGCAUUAGUGUGUUUUUAACAUUCACUAAAAGAAUGCACUGCAGUCAUUCAAUAUUCACCUCCAGUGCCUCAAAAGAGACUUAUUUACUUUAGCUGGAGAUGCGAAAGAAGAUAUGCAGGAGCGGCUGAGGAUUAUUUCACCUUUUUUAAAGGCAGCCCACUUUACUACCCCUGACAAGCGCACUGUGCUGGGAGAAAAUGAGGGGUUUCCUUGCACCUGGCAACCGCAAAGUGGCUCCACUCUAUGAUGUCAUAACUAUUAACCAAUUUAACCACUAAAGAAGAAGAAGAAGAAGAAAACGAUUAUGACAACUGUGGGUUUUAUAAAUCAUAUAUAUAUAUAUAUUUUUUUUUUGCACUGUGCAUUCCAUAAUGUGAACCGUGAAAUUUUCCAAACCUCUGGGAAUAGAAAGAUCGAAUUCUGUAUUUAGUUUUACGCAUAACGUUCAUAUUUUUUUUUAAAGUGAAGCAAAAAACAGUUGCAUUCUUGUCAAGUUCAGUUACAUUCUACCUGCAUUCCCGGCAUGAAGGCUGUAAACUUGAAUAACUUCGAGAUACUUAUUUGUACUGAUUCUGUGUGUUUGAUUUAAUGCCUCAUGUUUUUGAAGGCCAGAGGGACAGACCAGCUUUUAGCAAGUUUGUUGCACACACCCACCCACCCCAAAAAACACACAUAUACGCCCAUCUUUCUAAACACACGUCGCAUCAAUAUGACCACUGUACAUGUUAUAUCAUGGACACAGGAAGUGCUUAGGCUUUCCCUAGACUAACUGUAACGCAAAGUCGCUCAGCCUCUUUUUAGACCAAACUAAUUUGAAUAUGAUCUUUAUAUGUGUGCACAUGUGUAUCUAUCAGUCAUAUCUAUUGUCUGUUCUGUUCUUACAAUCAAUUGACCACAAGCAAAAACGACAUUUGAAUGGGCUCUCGAAGCCACUUUAACGCCAGUGUGUGAAAUUCUUUUGUGACACAGUGUUCUGUAUUUUUUCACUGAUCUUUGUUGUCUUGGACGAGGGAAGUGACCAGCCUGUUAACCUGUGGAGAAGACAUGUCUAAAGUUGGUGCGCAUUUAAUGAUUUUCUUUCACCGCUGUGCACUUACUGAAGGUUUUUUUUGUUUUUUUUACUAUUAUUUUUACGAGGGAUGCAUUGUUUUUGGAUGGCGUUCUGUUUUCCACAGCCUGCACAUAGAUGUCUAAUUCACACCAGUUGUGUGGAUGAAGUUUAUAGUGAUAUUAAAUAUGUCUCUCAGCCGCUGGGAUUUACAUUUAUGCCAUCUUCAAUGAACCGAAAUGAAUGUCACACCAACCUUAAACCAAAACGGACUGACCUCUUUAAAUACUGUGCCACUCCACCAGCACAUUCGGUUUCAAAACCCAUAUCACUUAUUUCACGUUUCGAAAGAAAAAUUUGUCUAGUUGCAUAAUCCUGAUGGGCCAAACCUCUGGAAAUUGUCGUCCACAUGCUGUAUCAGUAUCUCAAAGUUAAUGCGUGCUGUCUUCAUGGUGGGGAUGUUACAUUGGACUAGUAGCACCGUUCAUGGUGCUUGUUUGACUUUUGCGUUGUGCUUUUGGGUUAAUGAACGCCCCGACGGCUCUCUUUCAAGUUUUGGAUUUUUAAAACAAUGACUGAAUCCCAUCUUUUUGAGUCGAUCUUUUACAACUGUAUUCACAACCAAAUACAGCGUUAACAUGCAUUCCUGCGUUCACUACAAGAAACACUCGUGACCUGACAAACUGCUGUUAUUGCGAACAUGUGGAAUUAAAAUAGAGGCAUUCCUUGUGAGAUUUCUGUAAUGCUGCGGAAACAAGUGUCCAGCACCUGCCCGACCAAUAAGUCUUUAAUUCAUCCAUUUCUUGCCUUGUACCAAACCACUGUGGCUAGUUAUACGUUUGUAUGAUUCCAUGUAAAUAGCCCCAUCCAUUUAUCGAUGUUUUGAAAGGUUUUCAUGAAGACCCUGGGUAGCCUUUGCCCAUCAGACCCCCGUGAAGACUGUUGUAAAAUAGAGCAGAUGCAGACGUUCACUCAUUAAUGAAGUCAUAGCUAAUCGCUCAGAACUAGCGGCGAUCUUGCUGUGUAUUUAUAGUACUUUAAACAGUGCACUUGCAUUUCACCAUCAACAAAACAGGCCCGUUCAUCUUUGAAAUCGACUUGGUUAGAGACAGAUCGACAGCACUUAGUGACAGUUUCGUUGGGACUGUGACUACAAACAGAGCUUGACAUUCCGUUGCAGUUUGGACACUGAUAUGCGUCUUACAUACAGUUCUAUUUUAGUGGUGUAUUUUUACAAUAGCUUUUGUGCAUUUGUACUGUUUUGAUAUACCUCUUGUAUUCUCUCAUCUCUCCGAACCUUUUAUGAAGUAAAACGGAGAGCGUGUGCUGUCGUCACCGCUCAUGUAAAAGCAAACCAGCGCCGUCUUAAUUCCUCUGUCAUUUAUUCCCUUUCGCCUUCUUGUAUGGACAAUGUAAAUAGUUUCCUACAGCCAAAAGACUUCACCUAUGUGCCUUGAAGUACCCCCACUAACUGGAUCUGUUUAACACAGAAUAACAGAAAUGAUGUUUCCGAAACGUCAUGUACUUAACGAUUCCCUUGUUUAUUCCCCAUUUCUUUAUUUCUCUGUGUAUAGAAAAGAAUGUCUAUUUUGUACUGUUUCUAUCUUCCUAAUUAAAAAGAAAAGCAUUUUUUGUUUGCGUAAA